ACGACCCAACGACCCAACUCCCCUAAAACCCUAAUUUGUCUACCCCGUUCGGCCUCUUUAAACCCGUUUACUUUACCGUACUCCAAGACAACCCUAGUUUUCUCUUCUGCAGGUGUUCUCACUUUUCAGAGCUUGGCCGAGAUGACUGCAGAAGCUGUGAACCCAAAAGCGUAUCCACUGGCAGAUUCUCAGUUGGCCAUAACCAUACUGGAUCUUAUUCAACAGGCUGCAAACUACAAGCAACUCAAAAAGGGUGCUAAUGAAGCUACUAAGACUCUGAAUAGAGGAAUUUCGGAAUUUGUUGUAAUGGCGGCAGAUGCUGAGCCUCUUGAAAUCCUCCUUCAUCUUCCACUUCUUGCCGAAGAUAAGAAUGUGCCCUAUGUUUUUGUUCCUUCAAAACAAGCUCUUGGUCGAGCAUGUGGUGUUACGAGACCAGUUAUUGCUUGUUCAGUGACAAGUAACGAGGGAAGCCAGUUGAGAACUCAAAUUCAGCAACUUAAGGAUGCCAUUGAGAAGCUACUGAUCUAAGAAUGUGUGUAAAAUCUUUCCAUCAUGAUGGGCCGCUGCAUUUUGGAACUGGAUUCAUCUGAGGCUUUGACUGAAGAAGUUUUAGGGAAUUGACUACCUGUUUCUGGCAAUUUCCACAUCUUUUUCAAGAUGCUUUUAUGUGUGCUUUAGUAGAAGGAAAACAUAAUCUAUGGAACUCCUAAUUAGUUUGUUUUGAGUGAUUAGACAGCUCUUGAGAACAGAGUGAAGAAACUAUUUCAUAGCUAUGUUGAGUUGUUCUAUUCAACAGAGUGAAGAAACUAUUUCAUAGCUAUAAGUUAUAACUUUGUUGAGCUUGCUGUUUAAUUAUUAUUAUUAUUAUUUUUGGAUGCUUACUAACAGAAA